AUGGAUCAGUCGACUACUCCGGGAGCUCCAAACGGCAGCACUAUACCUAAUUCCAGAAAGCAGACCGCCAAGCCUCCAUUGUGCGCUACCAGAUCUAUCAAUCUACUGGAUCAUUUUCUGAACAAUCUAAAGCCGGGCGACGGGGAUUCACCAAUGUCAACUCCCAAAGAAUUGCAAACCAGACAAGACGCAAUAUUGCGAGUGGCGGAUUUUCUCUUUGGAAGUACUUUGGACGGAGCACUUGCAAUUCUGGAUUCGCGCGAAUCUCUCAUUACCAGAAUUUUAUCCACUUCAUCCCGACGACUGAUUUAUUUCUGCCGCGGCAAGAGUACAGGAAAGAACGAAUCGCAGAACUACUUUUGUAUUUUGCCAGAAAAAGAGAUGGCGUUUCCUUUUUAUUUUUGUUCUUGUCGAUCCUUCUUCGAACGGAGUCGAGCAUCCGUUGAAGCUCGACCAUGUAAGCAUUUGUUGGCUAUCCUCCUUUCCCAUGCUCUACAUGUCAAGCCUUUACAAGUAGAAACCACCUCGGACGAAGACUUCAGUAAGCUCGUCGUCAAUCGCUUAGAAAUGUAG